AUGGCGGUUCCGGCGGAGGUUUCCCCGGAGCGGCUGGCCGAGGUGGAGGCUCUGCUGGCGGAGCGGGUGUCGGAGGCGGUGCGGGCGCGUUGGCGCUGGGAGGUCAACCUGGGCCAGCCGAACCUGCAGCGGUUCCGGACGCAGCUGAGCGAGGCCCGCCGAGGCAGGGACGCCCUGCUGGCCCGGGACGCGGCGCUCUCGGAGGCGGAGCAGCAGCGGCUCCAGGGCUUCCUGAGGCUGGAGAUGGCGCUGCUCCGCUGGUUCCAGGCGCGCAACGAGCGCGAGGCGGCCCGGCGGGCCCGGCGGAGAAAGCCCGGCGGCGGUACGAGUGGAGUGGCCGCGUCUGCCGCGGGCGGCGAGGGGUCUGCAGCACCGCCAGCCCUGGCCAAGGAGGAGGAGGAGGAGGCGCCGAGCGAGGAGAAAGAGCAGCCGGUGCCGGCCCAGCCAGCAGCCGCGCCCACCCCUUCGGCGGAGAAGAUCCAGAACCUGUGCACCAUUGGCUGCCAUUGCAAGCCAGGAUUUGCCCUGCGGGGGAAGCAGGGAAGGAAGGAAGAGAGCGGAAGGACCGGCAAGGAUCCAUCCUGCAGCCCCAGAAAUGGUCCCAAGAAGGAAGAGGCCCCUGGAGACCCCCCAGAGUCCCUGAAGCCCUAUGGAGCUGCUCUGCCGGAGAGAGGAAGGAUGGAGAUACCCCCUUUGGCCAAGGAAGGGAGCGGAAAAGGCCCUGUGGCUCUUCAGUCUGGGAGAUGUGGGGAAAGCUGGACCAGAACCGGGCAGAAGGUCCUACAGGAGGGAACCAUCCUCCCUUCAGAAGUUCCGCCCUGGACCUCCAUCCAAUACCGAGAGGCUGAGGGUCCCCGAGGAAUUUGCAGCCGACUCCAUGAUUUGUGCAGGCGAUGGCUGAGCCCAGAAAAGCACAGCAAAGCCCAGAUGCUGGACCUGGUGGUUUUGGAGCGGCUCCUGGCUCUCCUGCCUCCAGAGAUGGAGGGCUGGGUGCGGGAGUGUGGAGCAGAGAGCAGCUCCCAGGCGGUGGCCCUGGCGGAAGGCUUCCUCCUGAGCCAGGCAGAGGAGCAGAAGGAGCAACUCCAGCGGCAGUGCUGUACUGUGGAGAUCAGAGAUCCUGAGGGAAAGAAGAAUCCAUCAAAUCCCCCUCAGGAGCCAAUUUUCAGGAGGAUCCCUUGGGAAGAUCCAAGUCAGGACACCUCAGGAGAGAAACAAAGAAUGAAGCUUUCUGAUUUUUAUGAGGGAAAUGAAACAGCGGUUAAACCUCCAAAUCAA